UAUUACUCACUUGCUCAAAACGCUCUCUCUUCUCUCUAAGUCAAACAAGCAAAAAAAAACCCUAAAGAUGAAAGGCGGCGAAUCCAAAGCUGAAGCUACCAGCACUGAUCAGAGACUCAAAACUAGAGGUAGGAAGCCUGGGAAGAAGACAAAGAAGGAUCCAAAUCAGCCUAAGAGACCUCCAAGUGCUUUCUUCGUCUUCCUUGAGGAUUUCCGAAAAGAGUUUAACCUGGCGAAUCCUAACAACAAAUCCGUCGCUACUGUUGGGAAGGCUGCUGGAGCUAGAUGGAAGUCUAUGACUGAUGAAGAUAAAGCUCCUUACGUUGCCAAGGCUGAGAGCAGGAAGACUGAAUAUCUUAAGACUAUGCAACAGUACAACAUGAAACUGGCUAGUGGAACCAAUAGAGGUGAAGAGGAUGACAAGUCUGAAGUGGAUGAAGCAGGGAGCGAAGAGGAGGAGGAAGACGACGAUUGAGGCAUCUUCUUGGUCUUGCCAUUGACUUGACUCAGAUUUGAGAUUGUAAACUUUCUUAGAUUAUGGACCAAAAAAAACUGGUUAUGCUUUGUAUUUGUGUUAUUGAACCUCAUUUGCUACUUCUUUUGUGUUUUUUAGGCCAGUUUGUAGGGAUAAUAUCACUUGACUGCUAUAUUUUCCCUGUUUCCUUUAUGUUCACUAGGAUUCAUUUAUGUUCUUCAACUUUGCAUGAAUGACUAUGGUUCUAGUAUCAGCUUU